ACCGAAACUCCCGAAGCCGCCUAAGGCAUCUUCGAAAUCUCGAAUCGAACGCCACGCAGAAACAACCUUGCGACGCAACGCCUUUCUGCCGCUGCGGUUCCUCGCGGCAUUUGCUAGCCCGACUAUCACAUGAGAGUCUCACAAACGUUUUUUUUUCGCACUCUCUCAGCUCGCAGGGAACUGGCGGCGUCUCCUUGCGAACCCCUUGCUUUUGCUUGCAAACUUCUGACAGCUCCUCGUUGCGUUCCUCUCACUCUGUGGACGGGAACUUUGCUGCACACCUUUUCGUUUUUGGACCGCGCACGCCGUGGAAAACGACUUUUCCAGAGCUUUCGCGGCCGCUUGACGGGCUCACUUUUCUGGCCAAACGUGAACCGAGCCGGGGAAACGAAAUAAAAACGAAUCUCAUUAGCAAUAGACUUCUUUCUCGCCUUUCUCUACCUUGAAGACGCGCCCUGGUCAUCACGCUCGGAGCCGAGAUGCCUCUCGAGUCCAAGGACAACUAAAGGACGGCAAAUCUCUUAAUUCCACUCCCACGAGAUUUCGUUUUCACCUAAAGAACGAACAAAGGAAGAGCCGUACGCUCCCCGCUUCUGUUGUUUCUGUGUUCUUCCGGCUUUGCGACCUUCUUUUCGACGCGCAGCGAAGCUCCCCCUGCACCUUCGCCGGCCUGCUCUACCUCUUGCCGAGGUCGGACGUCCACGCGGUUUCUUUGUCGUGUCGUCGCGUUCCGGUCUCGGCGUGACUUCUGGAUUUCUCUGACGUUUUCCAGCGUUUUCGAUUUCUCUUUUUUCGAUCUUCUGCAUGCUUUUCGUCGCCUCGCCUCCUGGGUGUGAGAGGUCCACAAAGCCGACAGCGGCAGAGAGCACUGAAAGUCUCUCCAGGCACUUACGCCGUCAGCGCCCCGUCUCUUAAACAGAGAAUGGAAAGAACCGGUUGACCUUCUUUUUUGUGAAACACAGCGUUGUAUUCGUUGCCGGCACUGCUUUUCUUGAUUCCUGAAAACUCGUCUCCGAAGAAUCUGCAAAAGAUCCACAACGCCUUCGUCGCCGCUCUGGCGAAAGUUCGACUUUCGACCUCUCUUGCUCCUCGAACGCACCCCAGACGUCUCCAGAAGGCCCUCUUUCCGCUCGUCUAAAGCGUCAGAGAGAGUACUGACUCCUUCUUCUUCGCUCACACACAUAUAUCUAUAGAUAUCUAUAGGUAUCUCUAUACAUAUAUGUAUGUAUAUAUAUGCAUACAUACCGAUAUAUACAUAUAGAACGUGUAUAUAUGUGGAUGUAUACCGGUAAAGAAGACACAGAGUUCGCUUCGAAUACCGUAUUUUCCUUUUUCCGUCUUGCCGCUUGAGGAGCCUCUCGCGUCUUCGCUCGAAGAAACGUUCUCUCGACACGCGUGUAGUCCCGGUCGCUCUUCUCAGAGCCUGCCUCGAGACCGUCUGCUCGCGCGCGAUGGAGGAUCACUCGCAGCCGCGCAGGUCUUCUCACUCUGAAGACUCCUUGCAGCCGAGAGACUCUUCCCCGCCGUCUCCUCUCGCGUCUGCUGAAGAUCGACGCGAGGCGACUCUGGCACUCACACCCGCAGACGGGGGAGAGAGAAACGAGAAACGCGAGACAGAGCGCGAGGAAGCAUCCGAGGACGAGAGCAAGGAGAGAGGGAACAGCGACACAGAGCUUGAGAUUCCUGUGACAGUCAAACUGAUAAAUGGCCAAACAACGCACGUCCGAGUCGAUCCAGCGAUCUCGGUCGAUGAGUGGAAAAACCGGUUGGAACCCAUCGUCCAUAUUCCCCCUCAAGAGCAAAGACUCGUCGCUUCUGGACGAGUCUUACAGGGAAGUCGGUGUCUCAGUUCUUACGACAUCACAGCGAACUGCAUAGUCCACCUGCUCCGCAAUCGAGACGCUGGAGGCGCCGCAUCCCGGUCCUCGGGAGUCUCUUCUGCAGGCCAGAGUUCGACUCGGGGCAUCUCCAGCAGCCAAAUUCGUGACUUGGCACAAACAGAGGUUCACCCGUUUGGACUGGGCGAGGGUGAACGAGACCUGGUGCAGCAACUGAUGCAGUCUCCCUUGAUGCAGCAACUCACCGACAGCCCCGACUUUCUGCGAAUGGUCAUGGAUUCGAAUCCCCAGCUCCAGCAGCUGCGCGAACAGAACCCAGAACUCAACCACUUGCUGAGCGACCCCCAGAUUUUCCGCCAGUCCAUUCAGAUGGCGAGGAACCCUGCUCUUCUGCGCGAGAUGAUGCGCAGCACAGAUCGCGCUAUGGCCAACAUCGAGGCCCUCCCGGGGGGGUUCCACGCACUGAUGCGGAUGUAUCACACGAUCCAAGAGCCGAUGUACGCUGCCACGAUCGACGCGGCUGCGGCAGACGCAGGCGGAGCUUCAGAGGCGCAGCGACAGGCGUACGAAAUCUCUCGGAAUGCAUGCGAGCCUGUCGAGGAAAUGCCGAAUCCUUGGGCGCCUCAGCCUCCCUCACCGCCGUCGGAAACACCUGCGUCUUCUCAGCAGUUCGACCGGAUUUUGCGAAGAGGUCUUUUUCCUGUCAAUCCUUCCUCCGCGCAAUCAAAUAACCUUGCAUUUGCGGUUUCCCCCCAAGAACCUUUGGGCUUCCCAGUUGCUCGCAUGCGCGUGUCUCCGCCUCGCCCUGUGCAAAACUCGACGCCCGCUGCAGCGGAGAGGACCGAGUCAAGCGAGGCGCCCACCACUCGGCUUAUAUUCGGAGAGAGUGACUCUGGACCCGCGCGUGAAGCGGCGUCGCUGUCCGCGGCUGGCGUCCCAGGGGAAGAGACUGGAAGUGCUCCCGAAGGAAGGCCGGAGGGAGGCACUGCUGACUCCGCACAAGGCUCCUCCUUCCGGGUGGUUAUGGACCUCUUAAGAAGCAGCUUAAGAAACACUGGAGACAUGAGGCAAUUCGAACAAAUCAACCGAAGUGCACAACAAGGAUCGCAGCCGCCAUUCUCUCUCGGGACUCCUGGACUCCUGGGGAUGUUGUCUCCUUUCUCGGUGGACUCAUCUCCAUUUGCUGCUGAGUUUCCUCCUGGACCAUCAAACGAGGAAGGACGCGAGGAGACAAAUUCUCUCGUACAGCUCUCUCAGGAUGCAGAAACUUCAGGCGCCACAGCGCUGGCUUCUCGCUACGCAGUUCAGCUGGACACUCUGAGGUCGAUGGGGUUCACAGACACAGCGCAGUGCAUUCGCGCUCUCGAAACUGUUGGAGGGAACUUAAACAGAGCAAUCGACCUCCUUCUUGCGCAGCAACAGGCCCCGCGGCCUUGAAGACGCGUGCAUGCAGCGGACACAAAGAAACGAAGCCGCAAGAGGGAGAAACGGCAUGUUCGAGACUUGCGAUCUCGACUCUCAGCGAUCGCGGUUGACUGAGGGAUACACCGAGAACGCAAAACAACGCGACACCACGAAAGGGAGAAACAACGGAGGGAAGAGUGAAAGUCAGGAAGGAGAGGAAAGGGGAGAGGAAAGGGGAGGGGAAAGAGGAGAGAAGGGAGAAAUCGAAACGAGAAAAGAAGAACUAAGAGAUCUUGAGGGAGGUCUCGACGCUGCAUGUGCUCCUUUGUCACUGGAGGAAGCAGAUGCCUUCACAAAUCUUCGCAAAUUGGAAAGUGGAAGACUCUGGAGAGAAAAACCUCGACCUUGCGGUCGCUCUGUAAUUGCGUACGACGAGAAAUGUGUGCUUUCUGUGCAUGAACUCCGUGAAGGGUGCGUUUCUGACAGGGAAGCGAAGUUGGGGAAGUCGUCUUGGUUGUGCGUAUUUCUCACCCUGCUGCAUGUGGAGCCGCUCCAAAAACCAGUCAUUUUCGUGUAAAGAGAAAAGUUUUCUCAAAGCUUCACGGCGCGCAUGAACGAUCUGCAAAAGUCUCUUUUUUCAUCAUCUCAGCGACACACAAGACUUGCGAGAAACGCAACCCCCCUGAGAGACAACGAGGAACUUCCUGCGACUGCUGUACACUUCCCCAUUAUGAGAGUUCACUUUGCGACAAUCGGCUUUGAGAGAAAACUGCGUUUCUUGGAUUUGGGAGAACUGUUCUUUGAGUCAAUUGGCGACGGAAUCA